AUGGCUGAAAUCAUUGAAACACAACCUACUAGCUUAAACUCUUAUGUUGGUUUUGAUACCAUUACUCAACAAAUUGAAAAGAAAUCUCUUAAAAGAGGUUUUCAAUUUAAUGUUAUGGUUGUUGGACAAUCUGGUCUUGGUAAAUCUACUUUGGUUAAUACCCUUUUUGCUUCUCAUCUUAUUGAAAGUAAAGGUCGUUUGGAUGCUGAUGAACCUUCUCGUCAAACAACUGAAAUUGAAGCUGUUUCUCAUUUGAUUGAAGAAAAUGGUGUUCGUCUUCGUUUGAAUAUUGUUGAUACUCCCGGUUAUGGUGACCAAGUUAAUAAUGAAAAUUGUUGGGAACCUAUUAUUAAAUAUAUUAAGGAUCAACAUUCUGCUUAUCUUCGUAAAGAAUUGACCGCUCAACGUGAACGUUAUAUUCAAGAUACAAGAAUUCACUGUUGUCUUUUCUUUGUUACUCCUUCUGGUCACUCUCUUAAACCUAUUGAUAUUGUUGUUCUUCAAAAACUAUCUGAAGUUGUCAAUGUUGUUCCUGUUAUUGCCAAAUCUGAUUCUCUUACUUUGGAAGAACGUGAAGCUUUUAGACAAAGAAUCAAGGCUGAAUUAGAUUUCCACAAUAUCAAUCUCUACCCCUAUGCUAGUGAAGAAGAUGAUGAACAAGAACAAUCUCUCAAUGAAAGCAUCAGGGAACUCAUUCCUUUUGCUGUUGUUGGAUCUGAACGUAAUGUUGUCAUUGAUGGUAAAGCUGUUCGUGGACGUAAAACUCGUUGGGGUGUCAUCAGUGUUGAAGACGAAAACCAUUGUGAAUUUGUUCAUCUUCGUAACUUUUUGACAAGAACUCAUUUACAAGACUUGAUUGAAACCACAGCAAUGAUUCACUAUGAGGCUUUCCGUGCAAAACAAUUGUUGGCUAUCAAGGGAUCGGUUGCUGCUUUUGCUUAA